AUGGACAUAGAUGAACCUUUCAAUCCUGAAUAUUAUCAGCAUUUGCUAUCGUCAUUGACAUUAAAUUCCCGAACAUUGAUUACUGAAUUAACAACCAUUGCAGAAAAGAAUACAGACCAGGCAACAGAAAUUGUUGACAUUAUAGAGGAAAGAAUAAAAAAAUGUUUGCCACAGUAUAAGCUAUUUGCUGUCUACUUACUAGAUUCUAUUUGUAAAAAUAUAGGGAAUCCAUACAAUUUGCUAUUUGGGUCUAGGCUUUAUAAAAUUUUCACUGAAACCUACUUGGUUGUGACGGAUACACCCACAAGACAAAGCUUGAUCAAUCUUUUCAAGACAUGGACCAAUGGUAGAACCAACUCGGGGUUGGAGUUAUUUCCCGCUAAAGUCAUACAGAAGAUCGAACAAUUCAUAAUACGGGCGACUUCGAUUAGUCAAACCAAUCAGCCGAGUCUUCCAUUGAAAUUGACUCCUGACAUGCUAUUGAGAGAAGGUAAUUGCUUGUUGCAGUACAUCAUCGUAUUAAACGGAGAAUUGGAAAAGUUGCCUCAGACAAAUGAGAAGGUAAAGGAAUUUGUUGAUACCAAUAAUAAGAUUCGAAAUAAUGUUAUUUCGAUAAUCAAUAAUGUUAGUGAUAGUAUCCUAAGCAAUUCAAAACAAGAAUUUGAAAACAACGUCACAUCUUAUCAUACUGAUUUACAGGGAGCAAGAAAGGUCAUGGACGACCAAAGUUUUCAACAGAAACAAUUUUUGGGUCUGAAUACGUUUGAAGAAAAUGCCAGCCAAAUUAAAAUUGAAAUUGACCUAUCCCCGAACCUAAAGUUCUUCCAGUUCAACAGACCAAUAUCAGAAGAUCCCGAUCUACUAGAAUACGUGAAGGAUUGGGGCAAACCAAUAAUAGAGCGCAUAUCACAGAUUCCAAAGGCCGAAGUUCCACCUCCGGUCAAAAUACCGUCUAAUAACCUACAAGAAGAACCCAAGUCGUCUUCCUCGACUCCCGAGCCGUUGAAUAACGCCCUAGGAAUGAACCUAGGAUCGAUAAAUUUCAUGGACUCCUUCCUAGGGUCUCCCAAAAACGAAAUCUCCAAGUCCCCCAUCACCGAGAUCAUCGAAAACCCCGUCGAUUCCUACGACCCAGAACACAGCAUUGUUGACGACGACUGGUCCCUUCAUCCUACAUCACACCCGAAUUUGAAAAGAAAGACUUCAAUUGAUAAACCUGUAAUUAAAAAAGUAAGAUUUGAUAUUUAG